AUGUCGGAGACUCAAAUGCGAGUAGCGGUUAUUGGAGCAGGAGUUGCUGGACUUUGUGCUCUCAGACAUCUGCUCAAUUCAAAGAAGGACUAUAUCCCGACAUGCUUUGAAAGAGGAAGUGACGUUGGUGGACUUUGGUUGUAUGACAGGAACACACAUAUCGAUGACAACGGAAUGCCUGUCUUCACAAGUAUCUACCGGGAUUUAAUUCAUCACGAGAAGAUGAAUACUCCAGAUAUCGAAGGCAUUGAGGAAUUCCAAGGUGAAGUAUUCCAUAGUCACCAUUACAGGACUCCGGAGAACUAUAAGGACAAAAAUGUUGUUGUCCUAGGGGCGUCAUUUUCUGGACAGGAUAUAGCUGUCGGGAUGUCCGAUUAUGCAAAACAGGUUUUCCUAAGCCAUCUAAAGGACACACUCAAAACUGCAUUACCAGCAAAUGUCGUUCAAAAAACCGGUAUCAAAAGGAUGAAGAAAAACAGAGUUGUGUUUCUCGAUGACACGGAGGAAGAAGUCGACGUUCUUGUGUUCUGCACUGGUUUUCUUACCCAAUUCCCAUUUUUAUCCGAGGACAUCACCCAGGUAAAUUCUGAACGUGUCACCCCGCUGUACACGCACAUCGUUCACAUCAAAUUCACCACUUUGCUCUUUGUCGGUAUUCCUCGACUCCUAUCCUUCUUUCCACAAUGUUUCGAGAUAGCGAAAGUGGUAGUUGCCAUUUUGGACGGUACCGUCGCGUUACCUUCAGAAGAUCAGAUGAGAGAAGAUGCUGAAAAUGAUUUCGCUGACAGAAAACGAGAGGGACUUGAUGACACCCAAACUCAUUUUAUGGGAGAUGGGGAUCGCCAAUGGCGCUUCAACAAAGAUGUAGCUAAAAUGGCUGGACUUGAUCCACUCCCUACUUCCUUUCAACGUCUCUGGGACUAUGUUACGAUUCAAAGAGAUACAAAGUUCCUCACUUUCCGUAAACAAAAUUUUGAAAUUACUGACACCGAAACAUUUGUAGAAAUAAACUGAUAUGGCCAUCGACUACAGGGAAUGUUAUGAGUUUACCUCUAACUCCAUAUAAAUAGGAAUGUGUUAUGUUCCCAAAUACUAUUAUAUAAC